GGAGGAGUUUAGUAGUAACCUCUUUCUUCUUCCAUCCAUCGCCGCCGCCGCCGCCGCCGCAUUCGCCGCCGUCGAGUCGUCGUCGUCGCCGGUCACCGCCGCCAUUGGCGAGAAGCGGAGAAGGGGAGGGGAGUGGGGGGGCAUAUCAAUGGAGGGGGAGGAGGGGAGGAAGGGGAAGGAGGCACUGAGCGGGGGGCACCUCUGCCACGUGUGCGGGUACCAGUACCCCAACGCGAACCCUAGCGCGAAGCUCCGCCGCUCCCACCGGAAGAACUGCGGGAAGGCGCCGGCCGCGGACGAGCGGGAGGAGGGGGAGGAGGUGGACGCCGACAUGGAGCGCAAUGCGGGGGAGGGGCUCCUGCCAGUUAGAGCAGGAGGAGGUGAGUCGGAGGGGAAUGCAGGCUCUCCAUCGCUCGGAUCUGCGAGAGGAGAUGCUGAUUUGGUGGAGGUGAAGGAGAUUGCAGAACAUGCUUCUCCAAACGUUACCGGAGUUCAAGUCAUCACUGGUUACUGCAGUGAAGCUGGUGUGAUUAAUUGCGCAAGUCAUUCUGAUGAAAUUUCAAAAGAAGUUGGACGUCCGGCUGAACGAGAAGAUAGUCUUGAUGAGUACCAGGACGCGUCUCCUUUUCUUCAUCAACCAGAUUCUGAAGUUGGUGCAGCAGUAGCACAUAAGUCAGAUUUUUCUAUUGAAGAAAUUAAGAAUUUGGAUAGUGUUUCACCAGCAGCAAGUGUAGCAGCAAAUGAAAUUUCUGUGGAAAUGGAUGGAGUAUCGAAAGAUCAGUUAUCAGGACAACCCAAUAUGACUAAUUUAUCUGGUGAAUCCAUAGUUGGAAAAGAAGUUGAGCCUACUGUGAUGCUUGAGAGUUCAGAUGAAUUCUCAGUUAAUGUUCACAGUGAUAAUACAUAUAUUGUUGACAGCAAACCUGAUAAGACAUCUGAGUUUAUUGGUGAUGUGAAUGGUUCAACUUCAUUUAUUUCUGACCUAACAUCCCAAUCUACAAGUCCCAUAAUGGUUGAAAGCUUGAUGGAAGAUAGCAUGGAUGCUCUGCACAUCAUAUCUGAAGUAUCACCAAGUUUGGAAGAAAAAGCAGGAUCAGCCAAUGCUGAAUCUGUAACAGAAAAUUCCAGAAUUGACUUUGUGCAAACUGAAGAUCAACUGAAGCUCACCAAUGCUGUAAAUACCUUGACAGAUUGCUCUUCACAGUACAAGUGUGUUAAAGAUACUUUAGAUGCCCAGCUGCCUGUUGAGAAUCCGUUCCUGGGUAAUUCAGUAUGUUCUUUAGAUGGUCAUCAGAGUGACCAUGUUGUUACUAAUAUGGAUAGCAUGUGGGGUUCUGAUGAUGAAGAUAUUUGUAGUGAAGGCAUCAAAGCGAAGGGCAGUGAGUUGGGUUUUUCUUGUGAGGAGAACCCACAACAUGUCGAGUUGGUUGAUAAAGCAGAUGAAAAUCCUUCUGUAGAGAAGCCUAAUGGAUUAUCAGAAGAGGUGGUCUGCAGCAAAGAGAUUGGCCCUGAGGUUCCUAUUAUAGGCCAGGUCUCUGCAAGUCAGCAUGUUGCCUUACUAAUGGAUCAAGUGUCCACAAAGAAUCCGUUCAUUCUAGAUGAUACCAGGAGCGACGACUUAUUUGAGCUUCCAACUGAGAAUUACCAUUCGGAAGCACAAAAUGUUGCUGAAUCAAAGCUGCAAGUUGACUUUACACCUCUGCCAUUGGAUCAGCUGAUAAUUGUGGACCAAACUAGCAUUGCUGAAGGCCAGCAAUUUGUCAUCUCAGGUGAUCGUGUACCAGCUAUCUCAAGUACCUGUGGAAAUGAACCUGCAGUUGGCACAGAGGAUGUGUCUGUCAGUAGCACUUCUGAUCCUGCGAAGAACAUUUCCUUGCAUGAUGCCUCAGUGAACAAUAGCAGACAGGAAGACGGGGAGCCUACAAGUGGCAUCAAUUUUGUGCCAUCUGAAGUAUUUCUUCCAGCAGAGUUUAGCACAAUGCCUACUUCUCAGGAUAUCAAUGCUCUCAAGAAUGAUGGUAACGAGAAGACGCCACUUGAAGACAUAAGCACCAAGGAUAUGACUGCAUCACUUAGUGAAGAUAAUGUUGAAGAAAAGAAAGAGACCGAAGGCACUAGUGUGAAGGAGAUGAAUUCAAUACUGAAAGCAGACAAUGUUGAAGAAGAGAAGUUGACUGAUGACACGAGUGCAGAGAGGAAUGCAAUGCAGCACAUAGAUGACGCUGAAAAGAAGCAGGCUGCUGACACUGUUUCGAGGGAAACGAGUGCUCUACAAAACAUAGAAGAAAGGGAAAACGUUGAAGGUACUGGUGCUAAGGGAGUGCCAGCAGUAGGGAGCUUGGAAAAUGCUGAUGCGGAGAAUCAGACUGAAGACACCAGUGCAAAGACAGAAUGUAAAUCAGAUAAUGCUGACAACAAGAAGCAGAGUUACGACACAAGCACAGAGGAGAUGAAUGCCAAGAAUCAAGCUCAAGAUACUUCCUCAAAGGAGAUGAACACCAUACAAAACACAUCUAAUGCUGAAGAAAAGAACCAAACUGAAGACCCAGCUGUCCAGGAGGGAAACAAGCAGAAGGAAGGCAUCUCUCCCACAGUAGCGAAGCAGAGUUCAGAAAGAGUUCAUGUCCCUCUCAAGGUGCUCCUAGCCGAGGCGAGUGUGGAGACGAAAGAAAAGAAAACCACUGCCAAGGAGCGUGUUUUGUCAUUCAGGCGCCGAGUAUCGAAGGACGACUCAUCGUCGGCCAAGUCCGGGUCCCCAAAACCUGGUGCUGAUGACAACAAAUUCUGGAGCUCCCCAGCAAGAUUGCCCGAGAACAAUGCUGAGAAGAAAUCCAAAGCAAGGAAGCAGCCAUGGAUGCCGUUCAUUUGCUGUCACUCGGUGCACUAAGCCUGCCAUCCAUCUUCAGCAGCACAAAGCUUCUCCAAGCUGCUGCUAUACACCAUGUGCAUGUUGCAUCUUGAGUUAUUAUUGAUAGCACUAGUAGUAGUAACAGUAGUAAAGGGCUUGGCUAUGCUACGAUGCUCUUUCUAGUAUUUGCAUUGGUCUACAUUUGCCGCUGUAACUAAAGCUCCCCACAUCUUUUGUGUAGAUAGUCCAUGCAAGUAAGAUUGUUUGGUAAUGUCGAGCUGAUACUUGCUGAUCUGCAUUGAUGUUCAGACUUUGUGAAUCAUGUGCGAUUUUGAUGUUCAUAGUAAACUUGCUCGUGAAUGGAUGUGGAUUCAGCCCUGUGCGCUGCAUUGGAUCUUA